CGUUUAAAAAAGUCAGUGCACGUAAACAAGUCGAUCAGAGCAGCAGGUUGACCAAAAACAUCAAAUGAUGGCCGCUGCUAGUACAACAGGUCGAUCGAUAUUUCGAAUACGACACUACGACUGCGUCGGAUUCGACAUGGAUCACACUUUAUGUCGGUACCGACUCGGAGCAGUUUUCGAAAUGGAAUAUCAAGCUCUGGCGGAUUAUUUGAUCCGGGAGAAAGGCUACGACGCUCGUCUCAAGAGACCUCUGGCGGAAGACGCCAAUUUCUUGCACAAAGGCAUCGUCAUGGAUGUCGACUUUGGUAAUUUCGUCAAACUGUCGGCUGACGGUCGCGUCCUUCGUGCCAGUCACGGGACCCGGGUGAUGACGGACGCCGAAAUCACCGGACAAUACGGACCUCUACGAUCCGACGAGUCGCUCCGGCAAAUGGCCGCCGAUCCCAUCGACGCCACCGAAGGGCCCAUCCAUCGAAAGUAUCGACCGUUUAAAGAUUAUUUCGAUCUACCCGCACUCGUCAUGUGCGCACGCAUCGUCGACUUGCUAGACUACGCCAACGGCAAUAAACCUCUAGAAAAAUACAAUUUCUGGAAAGACGUCCUCUACGGAUUGGUCGAAAUGUUCAGCAGGGAUAAUUUGAAAUUGAACGCUGGAGGCUAUUACCCGAAAAUCAAACUCAAUCCGGAAUUGUACCUGAGGCCGUGCGGUGAUGGACUCAAGAAAUGGUUGACGGAAGUAAAAAAGAAACAAGUGACGUUUCUCAUCAGUGGAUCCGAUCCCGACUACGUCCAGUGGGUGGCCAGUUAUUGCCUGGGAACCGAUUGGAAAAACUAUUUCGAUUACAUCGUCUGCGCCAGUAAAAAGCCUGGAUUCUUUAGCGGGAACAGACCGUUCCAGCGAUGGAAUCAUUCCAAUUCAUCGGCGGGCGGAGUCGAGGAUCAGGAAAUUGAACUGGAAGAAUUAUUGCCCAUCAAUAAGACAAUCUACUUGAGAGGCAAUUGGAAUCAAUUGAAAUCUUCCAUGGCCUGGUGCUGCGGAGUGGACCACCCCAAGGUCCUCUACUUUGGCGAUCAUCUCAUCCAGGAUGUCCUGGCCGCCGACACGAGUCGAUUGGACGUCGUUGCCAUGGUGGAAGAAUUGGCGGCCGAAAGUCAACCCAAGAAAAGUCCCCCGAUCGAUGGCCUCUGCUCCUACAAAAGGUGGGGCUCCUUCUUCUACGACGAACGAGGCCUGGAUAGCAACGGUCCUGGACGGCUGCCGGUCGAUAGGAUGAACACCCUGUGGAGCAAUUUGAUCGCCCAACACGCCCGGCUCUGCAUUUCCUACAUGGAGGCGAUUUCAGAUUACCCGACCGAUCACGAAUUCGCCACCACUCAAAAUGGACAUACGAAAUUCCUGGGAUUCUUGCCCAGUCUUCCAACUUGUUUAUUGUAAAAUGUCUGUGUGUGUGUGAACCAAUUCCUUUAGCGCAAAUCGAAUGGAACGUGAAUACAAAACUCAAGCGUG